AGGGGACUGGGGACCGCGGGUACCUCGGAGGGAGCCCGGCGUCGUCGGUUUACCCUGGGGACAUUAACGGAGCUGGACAGCCAAGACACAGAUCAUUAACCCUUCAUGGCCCAGGGAGGCCCUGGCUGCAGGACCGAGAGGGCCAGUAAGGCAGACCUUCCUGUCCCCACAGACACUGCAGGCACCAUGAGCUCCCCAGAAGGGCCCAGCUUCCCAUCCGGGCUGCUCUCCGGGGGCACCUCCCCCAGCGGCAAUGAGGGCUUCUUCCCCUUCAUGCUGGAGCAGCGGGACUCAUUCCUGGGAGGGGGCCCAAGGCCUGAGGAGCCCGAGGACCUGGCCCUGCAGCUGCAGCAGAAGGAGAAAGACCUGUUGUUGGCCGCAGAGCUUGGCAAGAUGCUUCUGGAGCGCAAUGAGGAGCUGCAGCGGCGGCUGGAGAUGCUGAGUGCCCAGCACUCUGAGCAUGAGGAACGGCUGCAGCAGGAGAACCAUGAGCUCCGCCGAGGCCUGGCAGCCCGGGGAGCUGAGUGGGAGGCCAGGAUUGUGGAGCUGGAGGGGGACGUGGAGGCCCUUCGGGCCCAGCUUGGGGAGCAGCGUUCCGAGCAGCAGGAUAGCGGACGGGAGCGGGCGCGCAACCUCAGGGAACUCAGUGAACAGAACCUCCGGCUCAGCCAGCAGCUGGCCCAGGCCUCCCAGACUGAGCAGGAGCUUCAGAGAGAAUUGGAUGGCCUUCGGGGGCAGUGCCAGGCUCAGGCCUUGGCUGGGGCAGAGUUGAGGACACGGCUGGAGUGUCUGCAGGGGGAGAAUCAGAUGCUCCAGACUCGCCGACAGGACCUGGAGGCCCAGAUUCGAGGUCUGUGUGAGGAGGUGGAGAAGGGCCAGGGCAGGCUACAGGCAACCCAUGAGGAGCUGCUGCUGCUACGGCGGGAGAGGCGGGAGCACAGUCUGGAGCUGGAACUCGCGCGCUCCGAGGUGGGGGAGGCACUGAGUGCGCUGCGGAGGCUGCAGCGGCGGGUCUCGGAGCUGGAGGAGGAGUCGCGCCUCCAGGACGCCAACAUCUCGGGAGCCUCGCUGCAGUUAGAGCUUGCCCAUAGCCUCGACAGCGACAAGGACCAAGACCAGAACACGGACAGACGCGGAGAUGCUCUGGCCACUCUGUCCCCGGAGACCCAAGAGGCAUCCAGCCACCAGCCUUCGCCCCAGGAGCAGAGGUUGGAGCCUCCCAGGAAGCGAGCAUCCCUGAGCCCAGCGGAGAUACUGGAAGAGAAGGAGGCGGAAGUGGUCCGGUUGCAGGAUGAGAUGGCGCUGCAGGGGGAAGAGCUACGGUCCCUGCGGGAGGAGCUGCAAAGGCAGAAGGAACUGCGGGCGCAUGAGGAUGCCGAGGAGGUCUUAAUAGGCGCCCUCUCGGAUCGGGACGAGGCCGUGAACAAGUCCCUGGAACUGUCCCUGGAGCUCAGCCGCGUUUCUCUGGAGCGGGACUCCCUCUCCCGGGAGCUGCUUCGCACCAUCCACCAGAAGGUGGCGCUGACGCAAGAGCUGGAGGCCUGGCAGGACGACAUGCAGGUGGUCAUCGGACAGCAGCUGCUAUCACAACGCCAGAAAGAGCUGAGUGUGGCUGGAUCCGCCCCGAGCCGCGCCCCGCCGCGCUUCUCGCUGCGCCUGGGCCCUGGGCCCGCCGGCGGCUUCUUCAGCAACCUCUUCCGAAGGACCUGAGCGCCCGGUCAAGGGGGCCACCUUUGCCCUCUUUGGCUCACUUUCCUCUUCUGGCCAACGGAGCGACGGGCCCCGACUGUCUGCCAAAGGCGGCUGGUGCCCUCUCCACCCGGAGAGGCUGGGCAAGGGCUCACCGGGAGCAGGGGCCAGCUUUGGGGGCCAGGGACCCCAGGUGGGUGGCAGGGGCAGGUGUGGCAGAGCUGUUUUUCAAAUCUAUAUAGGUCUAUCUUUUCCAGGGACUAGGCCCCCUGGCCCCCAGCAUACUCCAGGACAGGGGUGAGGGUAGGUA